AGUGUGUGGCUGCAGCGCCCUCUGGUGUCGGACCGCAGGACGAGCCUGCACCGGAUUGGCUGAGCGGUUGUCAGGACUGUUUACAGGAAAGAUGGCUUCCCGGUCUGUUGGAGAGCUUCAAGAGAUGGAAGUGGACCGAAAGGGUGAGUCUGAGGAGUCUGGUGAUGAUGAGACCAGGAGGAGGAGUAUUAAUGGCAACGUGGAUCCCAACCAGCCCGCAACCACAGGUAAAGAAGUGUCUCCUGUUGACAUGGACACCAUAAACUUGGACCCAGAUGAAGAAGAUGUUGAUCUUGUUCAUUGUCGUAUUGGAAGGAUUGAAGGAUUGGAGGUGCUACGGAAGGCUAAAACACUCUCCUUACGACAGAAUCUCAUUAAAAAGAUAGAAAACCUUCAAACUUUGAGCUCACUGAGGGAACUAGAUCUCUAUGACAAUCAGAUUCGCAAACUGGAGAACCUGCAGAACCUCACAGAGAUGGAGCAGCUUGACAUGUCCUUCAACAUGCUGAGGAAGGUGGAGGGUUUGGAGCAGAUGACUCUGCUGAAGAAACUUUUUCUGCUUCACAACAAAAUUGGCAGCAUUGCCAACUUGGAACACCUCACAGGCCUGGACAUGCUGGAGCUGGGCUCCAAUCGCAUCCGGGUCAUAGAGAACCUGGAUACACUUUCAUCUCUGCAAAGUUUGUUUCUUGGCACCAAUAAAAUAGCGACGCUUCAGAAUCUGGAGGGUUUACACAACCUGACUGUUUUAAGCAUUCAGAGUAACCGGAUUACUAAAAUUGAGGGUCUACAGAAUCUUACCAACCUGAGAGAGCUCUAUCUGAGCCACAAUGGCAUUGAGGUCAUUGAGGGCCUGGAAAACAAUAAAAAGCUCACGACCCUGGACAUUGCAGCCAAUCGAGUAAAGAAAAUUGAAAACAUCAGCCAUCUGACAGACCUGCAGGAGUUCUGGAUGAAUGAUAAUCAGAUAGAUAACUGGUCAGAUCUGGAUGAGUUGAAGAAUGCCAAGUCUCUGGAGACGGUCUACCUCGAAAGAAACCCUCUACAGAAGGAUCCACAGUACCGGCGAAAGAUCAUGCUGGCGCUGCCCAGUGUACGCCAGAUCGACGCUACCUUCAUCCGCUUCUAAGCUGCAGUGUAAAAGUCACCUGCUAACUUCAGUGUUCUCCCCUCACCACCCUGCCUGCCCGACCUACAAAACAAACUUCAUUUUGAAACACACUGGCCUCACUGAAUCAAAUAGUCACUCCGGACACAAAUACACAUUCCAACAUUCACGCUCACUCAACAUACAUGUAUGCACUCACUCACACCUUUGAUCUAUGCUAUUGUGUGGAAGCUCAAUUAUUUAUUAAGCUGGAUAUGAACUGUGAAAAGUAUUUUUAAAAAGCACCCUACGCUCAUUUCAUAACUUUUCCUCUGCACUUUUUCUUUUAUUGUUUUGCAUGUGAGAUGCAUAUUUCCUCGAUCAUUCAGUGCCCAUCAGGAAAAUAAGAUCUCAGUUUUAUUUAUCACGUUGUUAAAGUUGCACUGCUGUGAUUUGAGAGGAAAGGCUGGCUUUCUUACUAUUUUAAGGGAUUUUGUUGCAAGUUUAAGGUACACAGUAGGCUAAGAGGAAGUAAACAUUAACAUUAAAGGGAAAGUCCAUAAUACAAUAUCAUUUACAUAUUUACAUUUUCAGAAUACAGUUUAUCUUGUCAUUUGGUUUCCACACGCUUCACAGCUGUCCUGGACUAGUAACACAACUUUACAGCAACAGAAAUAUAUCAAAUGAAGAAGCCUAAUAUGCCACAGCGACACCUGCUGAUUCAAGACCGUUCAGUAAAGUGGCUCCUGCUUACAUCUUCCUGAAACUGAUUAAUCAUUUUAAUAAACCGGUAUUAUUACUGAUGAAGGGCAAAUCUUCAUGUCCUGCAUCCUUGUCUAAGCCUUGUCCAGAUAUUUUACAACCCAUUGUUGAAUACAUCACUGAUCAUAGCUUUGGUUCUCUGUUGAGAGAGAGCGUUCAUACAUUUUAUUUAAACUGUAGAUUGUUUUUGAAGUGAAUUUACUUACUAAUGGCAGGAGUGUUGUUAACUAAUGUAAGAUAAAUUGUGUUUUUAAAAACAUUUUGUGGUUUAAAGUGUUCAGCUGUGCAAAGGUCACUACAGUCACCCAUUCAAUAUUAUCAUUUGGUCUUCACUGUUGUUUAAAAAUAGAUAAUCAGGUGUAUUUACGUUUGCCAUAGGAUUUCUUAUUUAGCACUAAGAUGAACACCUUGAACAAAAACUGAAUGACCUAUUCUUAUGGUCCCCUGUAUAUAAUGCUUGAGUGCACUUGAUUUACUCCUGGGUUACAUUUAAAAAGUGACGCAUCUUUUACAUGAGAAUAAUUUCCCAAAAGGUCACAUUUGAAGACGGCACAGAAGCAUCAGAUUUCAAUGCAUUUCUGGGUUUAUAUGGAGAAUGCUAAACUAAGUGCUUUCUGUGCAAUAUAAAAUACUGACCGUUAUCAUCUAAUUCCUUUAAUCUGGGUCUAAAGUGCACCUGCAAACAAUUCAAGCGGCCUCAGUUAAUAUCGCAUCUCCGUUUGUAGGCUAGAAAGUGACAGCACAACAUCCUGGUUUGUAUUGUUGCUGACAAAUUGAUCUCAUUCAAAGGAAUUGAAAUAUGACGAUAAAUCCAAUUGUAACUCAACUGGAAUAUUUAUGAUAUCAGACUAUCGGAAAAACUGAAGGACAUUAUUGAUAUGAAUGUAAUGUUAUUUUAUAUUCAGCUUAACUAUAAUUACUCAACAGUUGCCCAGUGGGAUUGUAAGUGUCACUUUGUGUAUUUGUAAAUAUAGUUUGGACAUGUCAUGUAGAAAGUCAGUGCCAUCAUCACCUUCCCUUUGUAAAGCAAAAUCGUUUUUUUUUCUUUCUUGUUAAUGCCAGGCAACACAGCAGAUUUGUGUGAGACAGAGUAAUUAAGAUAACUUGACCUUUAUUGGUCUCUGAAUGAGCAAUUAUUCAAAUUGCUUGAUUGUUGUUAGAACUGAGUCUUCGGCUUCUGGACUUGGUUAAUGCUGUUUUCAAAAUGAAUGUAUUAUGCAAAUAAUAAAAUGACACUACUUAAAGA